CUGGCUGACGCGACAGCGCUUCACCAGCCCCCGAGGCGCCGCCGUCGAGAGAAGGAUCGGUCGCCGUCGCCGUCUUUGUUAACCUCUUUGCACCCUCUUUACACCCACUCCCUGUUUGUGCGUGUGUGCAAGUGUGCAAGUGUGCAAGUGUGCAAACGUCGAGACGGAGGUGAAUGGGCAAAUGAAUGCCAGCAGAAGCUCAUGGCUGUAUGUGUAUUGUGUGCAUGCGUGACGAGAAAUGAAUCCGUCCCAAGUCAUGGGACGCUUGAUCGCGAUUGCACAACUCGCGGCAACCAGUCACCCGCUCUCAGAGUCCACUCGACCGGUAGCCUUUAUGCCUCGCCACGUGUUCUCGUUGUCUCGACGUUCGUCGCGACGGGACAGACGAACGAUGAGCUCGCACCGAUCGGUAUCACAGUCAGACCUUUCAAGUUUGUCACUUGCCUUCUUCAAUCAACCCCAAACUGGCCAACUACAACUGCUCUCCACAACGCCCAACGUCUGCACGAGUGUGCCCUUUUGUGUCGUCUGUUCGUGUGCCGGUGCCAAGCAAGACGACUGGCCAACGCACGCGCCUGCCAAGCUUGCGGAAGAAGCGAGGCAAAUGGCGUUUGGCAACGCCAACUCGAACUGUCGUCUCUUCUACCGGCUGGACCUCCUCGUUUGACAACUGCUUCGUGUUGCCAUGGUGAUGUGGGCUGA